UGAAGUGUCAAAAGAUUGGUGGGAAACGGCUCAAUUUUAUCAAAUCUAUCCACGAUCCUUUAAAGAUUCCGAUGGUGAUGGUAUUGGUGAUUUAAAGGGUAUUACUUCCAAAUUGGAAUAUCUCAAGGAUAUUGGAGUCACCGCAGCCUGGCUCUCGCCCAUUUUUGCCUCACCUAUGGUGGAUUUUGGUUAUGACAUUUCAAACUUUUUUGAAAUCCAACCAGAAUAUGGUACCCUCGACGAUUUUCGUGAGCUAAUUGCCAAAGCCAACGAAUUGAAUUUGAAGAUAAUUUUGGAUUUUGUACCGAAUCAUUCGAGUAAUGAAAAUGAGUGGUUCAAAAAAUCGGUGAAACGUGAGCGAGGCUAUGAGGAUUUCUAUGUGUGGGCCGAUGCUAAAAUGGGUGCGGAUGGCCAGAGACAACCUCCCAGCAAUUGGUUGCAAUUUUUCCGUGGCAGUGCCUGGGAAUGGAAUGACGAAAGGCAACAAUAUUACCUUCACCAAUACACAGUACAGCAACCAGAUUUGAAUUAUCGCAAUCCCGAUGUGGUGGAACAAAUGAAAAGGGUGUUGAGAUAUUGGUUGGAUCAGGGUGUGGCUGGUUUCCGUAUUGAUGCUGUGCCGGCCUUGUUUGAAGUGGAACCCAAUGAAAAUGGCAUUUAUCCUGAUGAGGAGGUGAGUGGUCUGACGGAUGACAAAGAUGAUAGGACCUACUUGAAAAACGAACUUUUGGAAAAUCAACCGGAAACCAUUGAUAUGAUCUAUCAAUGGCGUAAGGUAAUGGAUGAUUAUAAAAGGAUUCACGGAGGCGAUACAAGGGUUCUCCUCAUCGAAACCUAUGCCCCUGCUUGGUAUACUAUGGAAAUGUAUGGCAACUCCACCACCGAGGGUGCAGAAUUGCCUUUUAAUUUCAAUUUAAUCACUGAAGUGGAUACUGGAUUUACCGCCCAAGAUAUCUACAAGGCCGUCGAUGAUUGGCUGAGUCAAAUGCCAGCAGGACGUACUGCCAAUUGGGUAAUCGGCAAUCAUGAUCGACGUCGGGCAGCCAGUCGUUAUGGACCACAGAAUAUAGAUGCCAUGAAUAUGUUGGUAAUGCUGCUGCCCGGUGCCAGUGUUACCUAUCAGGGUGAGGAGUUGGGUAUGACAGAUGGUGAGAUAUCAUGGGAUGAUACUGUGGAUCCAGCGGCCUGCAACUCCAGCCCUGAUACUUAUGAGAAAUUUACUCGAGAUCCUUGUCGCACUCCCUUCCAAUGGAAUGGCGAGAAAAAUGCCGGAUUUUCAGAUGGUCCCAAGACAUGGCUACCACUGGCGGAGGAUUACAAAACAGUGAAUGUCGAAAUGGAAUCGCAAGCGGAUAAAUCUCAUUUGAAAAUCUACAAACAAUUGGUGGAGCUGAGAAAGACGUCCAAGACCUUGCAACAGGGUUCCUACAGAUAUAAGGCCCUUGAUGAAGGGGUAUUUGUGCUAAAGAGAUAUUUAUCGGGAGAGGACACCCUGCUGUUUGUGGCCAAUUUUGGUGGAGCCAGCAAAAAUGUGAAUUUAUUGGAUAAUUUCGAUAAGACCCUCUCCGACUCAAUGAGUGUCGUUAUAAGCAGUUCGAAUUCAAACAAAUAUGCCGGUAUACCCACAUCGGGUAAACUGAUUUCUUUGGAUGCCGGAGAAGCUUUGGUUUUAAAGGCCAAUUAA